AUGAAACCGAUGAUUGGAGGCCCCGGCCAUGGGGCGCUGCGCGCUCGAGGUCCUUACGUGGGCUUGCGGGGGAGGGGCGGAGCCCUGGCGCCUCCAUCCCAUCGGGGGCAGUGGAACGGCGACGGCGAGGCGCCGGCGAACCCUCCGCUCGCCACCACGCUCUCCCCGGGCAGCAUGGCGGCCGGCGGCGCGGGCGGCGGCGGCGGCGGUGGCGGUGGCGGAAGCGGUGGCAGCGGGGGUGGGGGCGGCGGCGGGGGCGGUACCAGCCACGCCGCCGGCCACUCCCACGGCCACCGCCGCCAGGAGUCCAUGUACGCCAUGACCGGGCUGUACUCGGAGACGGCGUCCGUGGACGAUGAUUUGGGCGACUCCAACGCCACCGUGACGACGACGGUGAGCGGCGCGGGCGCGGGGCCCACCACGUCCGGCGCCUGCUGCCACGAGGCCGCCGGCAUCAAGUGCCACAGCCGCAACCCGUCCUCCGGCAUCAUGGACAGGUAA